AACAAUGAGAGAAUUCAAUAAAAAAUUAUGAACAUUUGUGUGCUGUUCUCGUUGCUGUUGCUCCUGGCGCCCGGCGGUUGUCCCAUCUACAGCAUCGAUCUGUCCACGUUGGAGGUGCCCAAUGAUUUUCAGAACGAGCUGACGCUACAAUCGAUGCUCAGCUCUGAGCUGCAUCAGUAUCGAAAUAAGCUAAAUUCUAAUGAGGUCUCAUCAGCGCCAAAUCGGAACGAAAAGGACCAGGAGCAGAUAGUGCGACGACACCUGGAGGAUCCAUUUGACAAAGGUGACAUGAUGCGCAGCAUUGAGGAUCGCAUCAAGGCCACAUAUUAUGCGGCUGCCACGCCAGAGGAAACAGACCCCGAUAUGGAUCUGGAAAUUGAUAAACUAUCGGCCACACAGCCCGAACGCUGUUCCAACGAUGAGGACAAGUUUUUGGGAACCAACCUAUUUGGCAGCUAUCCGAAGCAUUGCUUCUCCACGGAGGAAAUUGCGCUCAUGUCGGCGCGCAAGGACUUUGAGCUGCUGGUGCCCAGGUCCUAUCCGAAGAGCCUGCUCAGUGACAGCAUUAUCUACACGCUGAUGAAGUACUUCAACAGCGUUAACCAGGUGAUAAAGCGCAUGUCCGACAAAGAAACACGUCGCCUGCUGCAGCGCGCCUUCUAUGAUUCAUUGGGCGGUUAUUUGAGAUACAAGCUGGUACCGGUUGCCCAGGUAUCCUACUAUGCUGGUCGCCUCAAGUUGUGCACGGUGCAGCGUCUGGUGGCGCUUUAUCGCCAGUGUCUGAUGGUGCUCAACACGAACGGCAAUGGCUGGAGGCAGCCCGAACAGGACAUUCUCUCCCGCAUGAAAAAUGUGAGAAUUAAACCAGUACAUCUGAACGAUUCGUGCAGCACCGAGAACGAUGCGUCCAGCUGUGCCCUGCUGGAUCACAGCUGUGCAAAUAGCGAUGCACAGAAUGAGCAGAUGAUUGUGCCGCUGCCACAUCUGGAGCUAGAGGAUAGCAGUGGCUUCUUAAGCAACAUCUUUUUGCCCUUCAAGCAUCGCCGCAUCUACAAUCUGCGCUCGCCGGAUGCGGCUUUUAUUCUGGUCAAGUUCUUUAAGACGCUGAGCAAUUGUUAUCGAUUUCAGGGCAUGAGCCAGAAGAUUUACAAUCACAAGCUACGCGUCUGGAUACGCGAAAAUCUGCAGUUUCACUACCGAGAUGAGAUGUUCUAUCCGGGAUUGGGCGGCGUACUGCAAAUCUAUGAGACUUUGAUCUGCCCGACGAAAGUCACCGAGCAUUCCACCGAAGAAGAGGAGCGGGAACGCAUGCUGAGCGAAACGGAUGACUAUGACCUUGGGCCCGAGGACAAGAGCCCCAGCGAGUCCAGCGAUAUGGCAGAGAAAAGUAAAAAGAGAAAGCAAAAGAAAAGCAACAGGAAGGACAGAGUAAAACAAAAAGAUAAGGAGACAGCAUUAGGACGUAAACACAGCCGAUCGACGUCCAAGCUUCAAAAUAAUCGCUUUGCUCAGGAGGAGACUAAACCUGAAAAGGAUACAAAUGGUGAGGAAUGCGUGGAUUGCGAUGAUGAAAGCUAUGUGGGCUAUGCGGCAGCCAUUCUGGCGCUACUUCUGAUGCUGCUGUUGCUGCUCAUCUGUUGUUGCAUGCACCGGAAUCGGGGGAAAAAAAAAAAGCGAGGCGCUUUGAAACCCAAUAAACCAGAGGAGAAACAAUACGAGGAUCGUAAUCCACCUUCAGCAACUCCAAGUGCCGCGCCCAAUAAGGCGGAAUCGGAGAGAAGCUGCUGGAGCAAAAUGUUUCAAAGCAAAAAGUCUAGACGACAACAAGGUAAUGCGAUGUUCCCACCCCGGCCACACAGUAUGCCGUUUAAGCAUGCUUACAAGCUGAGUCCUGGCAUGAGCCUGGUGAGCAGCCAUCGGGACGAGGUCUUCAAUGGUUCUAUUGAUAUGGAAAAUCAGCUGCCGCGCAAAGAAGAUGCUGUGGACAGGUAUGAAAAUGAUUCCUUUACAUCGACUUCUUCGUUGGUUUGUCAAUUCCCAAGGAAAUUCAUACCCAUUAAGAUGGGUCGGGAAAAGCGCUAUGAAUAUUAUGGUAAAACGGACAAAAAACGAGUCAAGCCCGUUAGUAAACAGUCCAGCAGUCAAUGGCAUCGAGAGCGAGAUAGGGAUAGAGACCGAGAUCGAGAGAGGGAACAAGAACAUGAAAAAAAGCCAAUAGCUGAAAAGCACGUCAAACAAUCGCCCGAAGCAAGAAGCCGAGAAACAGAUAUCAGGUUAACGACAGAUGAAAGCCUGCGAAAGAUGAACAACAAACGGAAAUAUAGACGACAAGAGGGCGGACUGGCCACCAGCCAAGAGAGGGUGGAGAGAGUGACGGAAAGAGAGAUAAGACCCAUCGAGAGCGAUACGAAUCGUAAUAGCGAUUGCAGAAGAAAGGAGAUAUCAGAUGAAAACAAGCUGGAAAGUGAAAAAAAAUGUUCAGGGACCACAAAUAGCUAUAGAGCUGAACCAAAUAUUUCGGUAAGCCAAAAGCCCGAAACGCAGACAGGAAAUUCGGAAAUUAAAUCCAUUCCACUGUCUUUAACGGAUCGUUCAAGUGGCGUCUGUGAGUCCUCCAUACACGGAGCCAGUUGGGAAACCACCUACGACGAUGAGAGCAAGUGAAGACCAAUUGCUGUCGAUAGUGUUUCCUUUUGCAAUGUGUUUCUUUUUUUUUUUACAAAUAUAUUUACUUAAUAAAGUUAA